UAUCUGGUCCCAGCUGAGGAGUGGGUCAGGGCAGACAGAAGACUCUGGUCCCAGCUGAGGAGUGUGGAUCAAGGAUACGGAAGACUCUGGUCCCAGCUGGGGAGUGGAUUAGGGCAGAUAGGAGCUUCUGGUCCCAGGUGAGGAGUGUUGAUCAGGAGAAGAAUGUGGUCCCAGAGGAAGAGUGCGGAACCGGACAGAAGCAGCCUUUGGUCCAGCUGAGGAGGGUGGAUCAGCUGAGGAGUGUGGAUCAGGUCCCAGCUGAGGAGUGUGGAUCAGAUCCCAGUUUAGGAGGUGGAUCAGGGAGACAGGAGCAACCACUCGUAGUCCCGCCCAGAACACAAGCCCUGGCGUCUAAGGGGGCCUGCAGUACGGAUUUCGCUUUUCCCGUUUUUUUUGUCCCAAAUAGUUGACCCAAAAUGCCUUGUUUGCACAAAUUCCAAAUGCGGACUAAAUCAGAGGAACUUCUAUUUCAAGAACAACUGAAACAAGUGGCAAUGGAGAACGGGAGGCGGCUGGGCCUGGAGGGAGACGGGGACCUGAAGUUCCUUCUGACAGGUGGGACCCUGGUUAAGGUCCGCUCCACGUCCUGGCAAAAGAGCCGCUACUACAAGCUCCAGGAGGACUGCAAGACCAUGUGGCACGAGUCCCGGAGGACUUUCAAGCCAAAGCAGACCUUCUCCGUGGAGGACAUCGAGUCCCUGCGCCACGGCCGCCUUUCGGAGGGCCUCCAGAAGUACACGCACCCCAGCGCAGAGGACCGCUGUUUCUCCAUCCUCUUCAAAGACCACCACAAGCACCUGGACCUGAUGGCCGCCUCGGCAGAGGACGCCAGGAGGUGGGUCAGCGGCCUGGAGAAGUUGGUCAGCAACAUGAGGAGCCUCAGCCGGCAGACGAAGAGCGAGCACUGGAUUUUCAACUGCAUGCGAAAAGCGGAUAAGAAUGAGGACAACAAGAUGACCUUGAAGGAGCUGAAGCACUUCUUGCGGCAGAUCAACGUGGAAGUGGACGACACGUAUGCAGAGGAACUCUUCAAGAAAUGUGACAAGUCCAAGUCGGGCUCGCUGGAAGGCCCGGAGAUCAAGCACUACUACGACCUGCUGACGCACCGGGAGGAGAUCGACGUGAUGUUCAAGAAGUACGCCAACUCCGAGGGCCACAUGAGCGCCCGCGACCUCCUCACCUUCCUGCUCACCGAGCAGAGGGAGCAGGUCGGCCUGGGCCAUGCCGUCACACUCAUCAACAAGUACGAGAUGGAUGAGACAGCCAAGCAGACGCAGCACAUGACCAAAGAUGGCUUCCUGAUGUACAUGCACCACGAGGACGGGGCGGUGCUGAACCCGGCCCACAGUGCAGUGCACCAGGACAUGGGCCAGCCCCUCAACCACUACUACAUCUCCUCCUCCCACAACACCUACCUGACCGCAGACCAGCUGAAGGGGCCCAGCAGCACCGAGGCCUACAUACGGGCCCUGAUGAAGGGCUGUCGCUGCGUGGAGCUCGACUGUUGGGACGGGUCGAGCGGGGAGCCCGUCAUCUACCAUGGCUACACCCUCACAUCCAAAGUGCUCUUCAGAGAUGUCAUCAAGGCCAUCAAAGACUACGCCUUCAAAACCUCAGAGUACCCGGUGAUCCUUUCCCUGGAGAACCACUGCACGGUGCCCCAGCAGAAGCUGAUGGCCCACCACAUGGCCUCCAUCCUGGGGGAGGCGCUGGUCACCACACCCGUCUCCAGCACCAUGCCCACCCGCUUCCCCUCCCCCGAGGAGCUGAAGGGAAAGUUCCUCAUCAAAGGAAAACGUCUGAACAAACUGAACGCCGUGUUCAGCAACAACAACUCGGCUGAGGUGGACAGCGUGUCAGAGGAGGACGAGGCCGGCGACAGCAAGGAGAACGGAGACAAGGCCAAGCCAAAGAAGGCCAAGAUCCAGCUGGCAAAGGAGCUGUCCGACAUGGUCCUCUACUGCCGGAGUGUCCACUUCGGUGGCUUCGAGCACGCCAAGGACUCGCAGGCCUUCUACGAGAUGUCCUCCCUGAAGGAGAGCAAGGCCUUCAGCCUGGCAGACACCUCCGGCCCCGCCUUUCUCCAUCACAACAUGGACAAGCUGACCAGGAUAUACCCGGCAGGCUCUAGGACCGACUCAUCCAACUACAACCCUGUGCCCAUGUGGAACACGGGAUGCCAGAUCGUGGCGCUCAACUUCCAGACAACCGGCAAGGAGAUGGACCUGAACCAGGGCCGCUUCCUGGCCAACGGCGGGUGUGGCUACGCCCUGAAGCCCGAGUUCCAGAGGGACCCCUCGUCCCAGAUGAACCCCAGCUCCCUCUCCAAGGGGCCCUGGCUGCAGAAGAAGAUGUUCCACGUCAUGGUGAUCUCCGCCCAGCAGUUGCCCAAAGUGAACAAGGAGAAGCACAAGUCCAUCGUGGACCCGCUGGUCAGGGUGGAGGUGUGUGGUGUGGACGCUGACAACGCCAGCAAGGAGACCAAUCACAUUGAAAACAAUGGCUUCAACCCCAUGUGGAACGAGAGCUUCAGGUUCCUGGUCCACGUCCCUGAGCUGGCCAUGGUGCGCUUCCUGGUGGAGGACUACGACUCCACGUCCCAGAAUGACCUGGUUGGCCAGUACUGCCUCCCCCUGACAAGCGUCCAGAACGGAUAUCGUCACGUUCCCCUACUGACCAAGAGAGGGGACGUCAUCUCCUCUGCUGGGCUGUUUGUCCACCUCAUGCUGCUGGACACCAAGUAGAGCAGGAGCCAUGGAGCCCACAGCCAGAGUCUGCCUUAUCCUUACCCAGGAGCCAUGGACCUCACAGCAAGAGUCUGCCUGAUCCUUACCAAGGAGCCAUGGACCGCACAGCCAGAGUCUGCCUGAUCCUUACCAGGAGCUAUGGACCACACAGUCUGCCUGAUCCUUACCAGGAGCCAGGGACGAAAAUGGCCUGACCCUUAAUGCCACACCCUCCCAUCGCCAUGUCCUUUAUAACCCAGUCGCUAGCUUUGGUUAUUUUCUUUCGUUUUCGUAUCUUUUAAAUUGAAAUUGUAUUAUUUUACUCAGCAAUAGUAAUAAUUAUGAAAUAUAAAACAAGUGGUGUUCUUCGAUAGCUUUUUAAAAUGUUAACUCUUCAUUUUAUUGUUUAAAUUCAGCACUUUGGCGAGGGUAAAGCAGAGAACGCAUAAGAGUUGCCCGAUUUUAAACAGGAUUUAAAGAAAGGUGAGGAAACGUACGUGAGAGUGAGUGUGGAAGAAGAUUCUCUCUCAGGCCAUUAUAUUAUACACAUAUAUUAUAUUAUCCAAAAGAAGUAUUGUCAGCAUAUCACUUAUGUAUUUAAAUGUAGUCUAUCUGAGUAGACCCAA